AUGCCUUCAUCCCGAUCGUCUUCUCUCCAACCUGUUCCCUCCUCAGCAUCAUCACUAGGCUCUUCUUCUUCAUUGUUGCAUCCACAUGGCAUUCAUCACGAUGAUUCUGCUUCAACAAAAACAGAUCAAGAUGACGACAAUGCAAGUGGACUUGGUUUGGAAGCUCUCCAGCCACAAUCAUCUUCAUCAUCGCGACAUUUACAACGAAAGAAGGGAAUCUUGUCGAGAAAAGGGGAUAAAAGUGGACCAUUGAUAAGCUUGAUGAGUGAGAACCCUAAUCCGAAACAAUUGAUUCAAUCCAUGUUGCAAAUGUUAACCAUGUGGUUUGUAAAACCAACCUCAAAUAAUUCGGGCGACGAAAUCAUCAAUAUGAAUGAAGUUAUCUUGUCUCUAAUGAACAUUUUGAAUGUUGGAUUUUUGGAGUUGAUGUAUGCAGUAGAGAGUGCCAACGAGCAAAAGGAUGAAUUUAGGCCGUAUGACGAGGAUGAAUUUGUUUCAAAAUUCUGUGAAGGAAGUGUUUAUUCAUUUAUUGAAAAUUUGAGAGAUCACACAAGCGAAAAGGCUAAACGAUUGAUUUUUCACUUACAAACCAAACAACUCAAUCAACUUCGAAAGCAAGACACCUUUUCAUCGUGUCGAUUACUCAAGUUGAGAGCAGACUAUGUACACAACGUUGUAAAGAUUUUCGAAUUUGGAACACUCAUGUACUAUAUUGGAGAGCUCAAAUGUAUGAAAUCAGCUUUCGAUUAUACAUUAUAUUAUUUUAGGAAUAGUUCGUUGUGCUUGGACCCAAAUUUUAGAGAAAUUUUACUUGCAAUUUUGGAUACACUUAUUUUGCAAAAUUUCAAUGCUGUUUUAGAUGCUGCCCGAGAGGUAGAUCCUUCUGUGCUUGCCAACUCCAACAGCAAGCAACCAGUCGAAGAGAAUAGCGUUGAGGAUGAUGUUUUAGAGGAAUUUUUUUUGCUUAAAAAGAAUCAGUCUUUGGCAUGCAUUAAGAGAUUGGAGAUUGCAAACAAAAUGAAUCAUUCAGUAAUUUCCCCAGAGUUAAUAGAGAAUAUGCUCACACGAAUUCAAGAAGAUUUUGAAUGUAUUGAGGACAUUUUAUUUAUUUUUGAAGAAAAUAGCGACAAGUUGAUUCAAGAUGAAUCUGAGGUGCUGUUAAAUCUCAAAAACACCAUUCUAUCAAGAUGGAAAGACUCAUGGGAACACAAAUUAGAUGCAUCAUACAUACUCGAUGCACAUACUGCCCUUCCAACUUUAUUGAACACAGCUAUUCCAGCAAGUGCUAGCACUCACAGCACUACUAACAUUCCAACCAGCAAUUUAGUCAAAUACAACGAAUGGCUUGGAAUCUUUCCCGAGUGUGACAUUUUUGACAAUUUGCGAAAACAAAAAGAUACUGCCAAACAAUCCAUUGUCUCUCUUCAACACUUAACAAGUGAACUUGAGAACGAUAUUGAAGAAGGCUGGAUGAAAGACACGGCUACAGAUCCUGUCCACGUUCUCACCUCCAUGCAACGAUCUAUUGAAGCUUUACAUUGUCACUUACAGAGCUCUCGAAAGGAUGCUCUCACAGCUAUUCUACAAAAAGAAGAGGCCUACAAGGAAAAUAUCAAAAUUGCUCGCAUUCGAAGGCAAGCAAGUAACACCAAUAGUAGCAGCAACACUACUAGUUCCACUCAUAAUGCAUCCACAGACAAUGCCACCGCCUCCAGUAGCUCUGUCACCAGUAAUGUCGCUGCGACCACUUCCUCGACCACGAGGUCGUCACCAACCACACCUCCUCCUGUUAAUCCAUCCUCCUCCGCACUCAUUCCGCCACCACUCAUUCCACCUACUGCUGGUGCAUUGAAUCCAUUCUCCAAUUUGAUUCCAAAUGUGCCCCUUAAUCCCCUGAUUCCUAAUCCAAGUAUGAAUCCUGGAGUUGCAUCUUAUAUGGCAUCAAAUAUGCAUCGUUUUCAACUCAAUCCACAACUAGCAGCCCAACAGGCACUCAAUUCCUUAAAAAGAAAAGACCCUCCUACCAACGCUACGACACCUCCUAAAAGCAGCAUCAGUGAUGCCAAUAAACGACCAAAGCAAUAG